AUGGCGGCCACAGAAGGAGCUUCCUCCAUCAGCGUAGCGAUCAGAGUUCGCCCAUUCACUGUCCGGGAAGCUGCGCAAUUGACCCAUGUGCCGGAUGGUCCCCUCUUCCUCGGUGAUGGCUCGCUUGCGGGAGCUCCAGCGCCCUCACUGAAAUCAAAGGGCAUUCGCCCGGUGUUGAAGGUGGUGGACGACAGAUGCCUUGUUUUCGACCCACCUGAGGACCAUGCAAUCCAGCGCGGCUCUAAAUUUACUGGGCCGAAUGGCAGAAGAUCGAAAGAUCAAACUUUCGGCUUUGACCGAGUGUUUGACGAGAACACUACCCAGGGAGAUGUCUACGAAGCCACCACAAGGAAUCUGCUGGACAGUGUGCUGGAUGGCUACAAUGCUACAGUUUUCGCAUACGGAGCCACAGGGUGCGGCAAAACACACACGAUCACGGGGACAGUGCAAGCGCCUGGUGUCAUCUUUCUGACGAUGCAAGAGCUCUUCGAGCGAAUUGGAGAAAGAAAUGAUGAGAAGCAUACAGAGGUUUCGCUCUCAUACCUGGAAAUAUACAACGAAACCAUUCGAGACCUGUUGGUGCCAGGAGGAAGCAAGCAGGGUCUCAUGCUCCGCGAGGACGCCAACCAAGCUGUGUCGGUCGCUGGUCUCUCAAGCCAUCACCCGCAGAACGUACAAGAGGUUAUGGACAUGAUUGUGAGAGGAAACGAGUAUAGGACGAUGUCUCCUACGGAAGCCAAUGCCACUUCCUCUCGAUCGCACGCUGUUCUCCAAAUUAAUGUUGCACAGAAAGAUAGAAAUGCGGACAUUAACGAACCUCACACAAUGGCCACUUUGAGCAUCAUCGAUCUGGCAGGAAGCGAGCGAGCGAGCGCUACAAAGAACAGAGGCGAGCGACUCCUGGAGGGUGCAAACAUCAAUAAAUCACUUCUAGCGCUAGGAAGCUGCAUCAACGCUCUCUGCGACCCGCGGAAGAAGAACCACGUGCCCUAUCGCAACUCCAAGUUAACUCGGCUGCUUAAAUUCUCUCUUGGCGGCAAUUGCAAGACCGUCAUGAUCGUUUGCGUCAGUCCGUCUAGUCAGCACUUUGACGAGACCCAGAAUACGCUUCGGUACGCCAAUCGCGCGAAAAACAUUCAGACCAAGGUCACAAGGAAUGUCUACAACGUGAAUCGCCAUGUAAAGGACUUCUUGGUUAAGAUUGAUGAGCAAAUGGCCCUUAUAAACGAGUUGAAAGCGCAACAGAAGGAUCACGAAGGAGCAGCAUUUGCUAAAUUCCAGAGGCAAGCCGAAAAGCGAGAGAUGGUCACAAGAGAAGGCGUUGCUAGGAUUCGCAGCGCUUACGAAAACUCCGAGAAAGAGCGCAUGGAAAAAGCCACCAAUAUGAAAAAGCUCCGACAAAUUGAAAGAAGGAUAGCAAUGAUUUCUUCAUGGGUCGCUGCUUUCGACCAAGUAUGCGACAAUUCAGAGGAGGAAGGUGCCCUUGAGAACAUUUCAGCAAUGCGCAAGACUGCACAUGGUAUCCUUCUCGAGCUCGAGAACAGCAGACAUCAUUACCAUCAAAAGCUCGUAAAGAGCAAUUGGGAGCGUGCGAUUGAUUCGGCAUUGCAGAACGGCAUUAGACAACUCAAAGAAGCUGAUGCAAGAGCAGACGGACAAGACGCAGCUUGCUUGAGUAGGGAAGUUGAGAUCCUGAAGGCAAACGUAGACCGGGAAGCUUUGAACGCUGUGGCAGAAGAUGAGAAAGGUGGUGACGCUGGUCUAGUGCAAGUGAUGCUCCAGACCCAUUUUGAGACGAUAGCCGCCAUUCAGAGCCUAAUGGCAAUGGACGAGGAAGAAGCUGUGGGAGCUGCGAAGAAGAUACUCGCCAAGAUAUUGAAUGGCUGUACGAGUGCCACGUUUCAUGUUAUCAAGCCUGAUGGCAGUCUGAUUCCCACCCAAGCAUUUCCUCCUACUCGGACUGGAACGCCGAAGCGAAAAAAGCAAGUCGCCUCGCCGCUCAAGCCUGUCCUACCUCCAUCAUUUGCCAGCAACGCGAACUCCUACGGCUCUCCAGUCAGGAUGUCACCGAAACGGCGGAAGGCAGCUAAAAAGGGAGUUUCCUUCACUCCCAAGAAGAAGUCACCAGGAAAAGGACUGAAGAGAGGCGUGCGAUGGCGUGAUGAUACUGCGGAAGGCGCACUUGCAGAAUUCGAGAAGACACCACAGCGAACAAAACUAUCACCGGACAUCUCGUCUAGCGAGCCUACAAAGUCUCUACCACCCACCUUAUCCACUUCCAUUAUACCGGACGAGACAUUCGUUGCAGAAGACCAAACAAAUUCAUCGCCCAUACCCGCGCCACCGGUCCCUUCUCUUGAGGUAAAGCCUAAGCACAAUCGAUUCAAGACUGGUUUCCUUGCAAAGAAGACGGAUGGUUCUCCACUACCACCGACCCUCACUAAUUUUUCGUCUGAUUCGGACCAAUCUCCUUUGCGAGAGCUCGAGCCAGGGAAAGGUGCAAAUCGCUCAUCGCUUCAGUACGUCCGGAAUGUCGUCAAUGAUACAGCACUAAACGAUAGCGCAAACAAUUCGGGCUCCGACGUCGAAGAUGGAUGGAAAGCAAACAAAAGCGACGCAAUGCAGAUCAAGACCGCAAUCAAGCGAGUCUCGUCCGUAGCGCCAGGGAAUGCCAAUCCAGUCAAUCGUCAACGAAGGCGAAGUCCACCUGGCGCAUCCUCCGGAAGCCCACCGAACGACAGCAACAUGUUUACGGCAUCACAUGCGCGGCGAAUGGUGAGAAGCGAGAAAGAGAAUGACUUCAAAGCCAGCAUACUCAGCCCGCGCACUGCACCUGUGGUUAAGUAUGCGGGUCAGCGAAGGACUACCAUGGGUACCAUAAGUGUGAGUGAGACCAGAUCGAAAGAUAUGGGUAUGCCGGCAAGGGAAGCAGUGCGCUUAAGCACGGCUGUUACAGGGAGCGGAGGCAGCGGAGGCAGUGGAGGAAAUCCCAGGGGCAGUCUUCUCGUAGGGGGCAAAGGCGCAUGGAGAUGA